AUGCCUCACUUUGCAAAACCUCUUUUAAGAAACAUUAUUAUCAGAAAUCUAUUCAACAGCAUGAAGAGGAAGCAAUGUCUCCAGUAUUUGAAAACCCUGAGAACACUGCAAUAUGAUGGGUUUACAACUGUAUAUUUGGGGGAAACUUAUAUCCCUGAGAGUCUUGUAACAGGGGAAGAUUUUAGUGAUGGCUAUUUCACGCCAACUCCAACUUGGUGUAUUGUGCAUGCUGGUGGUAGUCAAGGAUGGAUGCCUUGGAAAUAUCGGAUGUUCCUAAGGGAUGAGUUAUGCAACAAACAAGAAGACAGCCUCUUCUCUGAGUUCUGUGAUGUGGCAAAGAAGACCUACGGGAAGUGCACAAUUGUGGUCAAAGACAGAAGGCAGCAGGAUGAGAUGAAGCCAAAGGAAGACAUAGAAUCCGAGGCCCAGGCCCAUGUCCCAUCAGUCCUUAACUUAACGAACAUCACAUGUUGUCCACAGGUGGCCAAGUCCUAUGGCCAUGAACUACUCUCUCUGCCUUCCGCUUACAGUUAUCUGAACCCUCUAGACUCAGCCUGGUCUUCUCUGAAAUGGUUUAUCAUCAAUUACAGAAAGGAGUUUUGUUUGCAGUCCACUGAUGGUGUCUAUUCUUACAAGUAUAUACUCUUCAGUGAUUUAAUUAGCAAAGGGAUUGAAAGGAUGAACCCAAGCAAAUGGAGAACACUAACUAACAAAGUACAAAGAUGGGAAAACUACUAUCUUGGUAAAUUUUCUGAAGUGCGAUUCCUCUAA